UUAUACUUUAUUUUCGUCAUGCAUUUUUUAGUAAUUAAUUUAAUUGAUGAAACCAACUGGGUAGCUGUAUAAGAAGAAAGUUUUAGGAGAAGCAUAUAGCCAGAGAUUGUUUAAAUAAAUGCUGAAAAACUGGCAAAGAAUAUGUCGGAAUUAAACAAAGCAAAGCAUUCUGAUCUAGAGAAAGAGUCUUCGCAUGAAAAAGGGUCGUCAAGAAACAGCAUUCCAGAGGAAAGAAAAGCAAUUGAAAAAAGUAUAUUAUCAUUGUACAAGGAAUGUGAACAUUUUCUCAUAAGUGAUGAUUGUACAGAGGAUCUUCGAAAUGAACUCGAAGAGUCUAUACCAGAUUGCUGUACUGUUCUCCGAAAAUGGGUAAAUGAUCUGGAAAAAUCCGACCAUAGCAUUGUAAUAGCAGGGGAAACGAGUGCAGGUAAAUCAACAUUAAUCAACAAAUUAUUGGGGAAACAGUUGUUUAAGGGCCGAAAUAACGAAUCCACCUCUACAAUUUGUAAACUACGAGACUCAGAAAGGAUAAAAGUCAUAACCACAGACAUGAAAGGACAGAAAGAAGAGACUGAUUUGACGGACAAAUGUAAUCUGGAAACAAAAGAAGGGGUCAAGAUGCUUAGAGAUUUCUUAAAAGAUCUAACAGAUAUUACAUCAUCAGAAAAAAGCGUCACAUUUAUCAGUGUGGAAGUGGAAUUUCCCAUCCCUCUUCUUGAGGGUAACAUGAUUCUUGUGGACACGCCUGGCAUCGGAGGCUCGGGAAACGUCACUGACAAACUCAUAAAGUACCUCCCAAACGCAUUAUUAUUCAUCUUUGUGAUAAAUGCUGGCAGUGCUGGUGGGAUGCAAAAGGAUAGGCUUCCAGAAAUAAUUCGAGCAAUAGUUUUACUUCAUUUGGAAAACGAGAUGCCGUGCUUUGAUCCACGAAACGUUAUAUUCAUAACAAAUAAAUGGGAUACGCUAUUCAGUGAAGAUGACAGCAGUGAUGAGGACGAGGAAACAAAGACAUGGAAUACGCUGAAGACUGAUAUCAAACGGAGAUGGCCAUCAGUGAGAGAGGAACUCAUUUUCAAGAUGAAUUUAAAAGAUGUUUCUUCUGGAAAAACAAAUAGUUCCAUGACAAAUUUUGAAGAAUUCAAAAGAGUUUUGAAGUCAAUGGUGAAAACUGCUGAAAACAACAGACUUCUACAACAUUCAAGAUUUCUGCAACAAGUCUUGACACCUUUAUCAAAAGGUUUAAGUGCAAGAAUUGAACUUGAGAAAAAGACCGAAGAAGAAUGUGUAUCGAUGCUUAAACGACACAGAACUAAGCUCGAGGACUUAACUUUAAAAUGCAAACAGGCUAGAAAACGGUUUUUAGAAAAGAACAAUCAAGCAAAAGAAUAUAUAGCACAGGAAUGUUAUGACUACAUGUCAACAAGUGCUGGCAAAGAAAAGGUACUGAAUCCUCCAAAACGGACCCCGAUUGCAGGCGUCAACUGGGGCACGACAGAUUUUGAAAAAGAAAUCGAAGGACGGGUUGAUCUGUACGUUGAAAAGUAUUUGCAAUCUGAUGGCGUUUUAAAGAUAUAUGAAAGCAUUCAAAAAGAAAUCAACACAUUCUGCGAACAAGUAAUAUCCGAUCUUUCUGGGAUGGAAAAAGAAUGGAUUGAAACUAUACCGAGUUCAUGGUCUUUCUCUCCAACUAACGUAUUGGUAUCACUAGGUGUACUCACUUCUCCUGUUUGGAUGGCUGCCCUAGCUGUCGGGUUCGGACUAGCUGCUGCCGCAUUAGCUGGAUUUGCUCUCCUUGUUGGUGCUUUUUUGGGCUGGUUUACAAGUAAGACCGACGAAGAAAUUGAUUACGAAUACAACAAACACCUAGAAAAAAUUCGAAGAAAAAUAUGCGAUCACCUUGAUAAAAACUGCAGCGUGGUUAUCAUCAAACUAAUCGAUAAGGUCACAGGAGAUGUCCUUCCUAAAAAGUUACAAACAUUUAAAACAAUGAUCCAGCAAAUCUCGGAGACAAAAGAGAAAAUUAAAGCUAAUCAAAAACGGCUCAAACUCAAUGCUGUCAAAAUAAGGAAUAUGGAAGACACAGUUACAAAACUUUCAGAAUGUUUGAAUUCUAAAAUGUGUAACACCAUUUCUUGAACAUUUGAACUGAUAAUUUGCUUUCACAAAAGCUUCUAUUUUUUUAUUUUAUCAUUUUUUAUUUUUAUCUGAGAUAAUCAAAUCCUUCCGAAUCGAGAACCUUCUUGGGCAUAAGCAAUUAUAUUAGUCUAUAUUUCUGGAAUAGGCAUGAUCUGCUUUACGGUCAGGCAUUGUGGAAACACUUCUGUAGAUAGACCGUUCGAUAACAAUUUCGUUUCUUCAUAAAGAAUUCUGAAGUUUCUGGUAAAACCUAGCUUUCCUUACAGUCAUACAACGUUCCUAUAUUAAUCCAGCAGGCUCAGAAAAACACCAAAUUUUCAGGAUAUUUUUUUUUCAGAGUAUGUUAAGAAGACUAGAAGCAAUUGAUACAAUGCUGGAUAGACUGAUAUUAUUUCUUUUUGUUUUUCCUCUUUUGACUGAAAAGUCCACAUUUUAUUUAGAAAUGUCAUUCGAGCGGAAAAAUUUAACGUCGAAGCACAACAAAGAAAAUUUAUCAUUGGUUAAUUUGGCUUGAAUCGGAAAAAAUCUGAGCAAAGUAACGACAGUCAUGCUGGAAACUUUACGCUGAAUCUCUGUCUGGUUCAUCGCAAAACUGUUUUUUUUCGACGUAGAGUUCAGGUGUUAGUAGUUACAAUCACAUAGGGUGGUUUUAAACACCUAUAGUAUACAGCUAUCGGCGCUACUGGCGUCUCAUAAACGAUUUUUGGUUCUGGUUGAUAUAUCUUCCUUUACCGCCUACAAAUAUUAACAUGGAUGCCAUUGCCGAUGGAAAUGCACGUUUUGGCUUCAACCUACCAUAUUGAGAUCCCCCCUCCCCUCAACAGUACAUACCUCUUAAUAAUAAACCGUUGAAGAAUUCAGCAAACUAACCCAGUUUAUCCCGAACCUUCAUUUGUGUGUAUACAAAUUAUCACAGCGCUAGCUCACCGAGAUAAAUUUGUUUGUACAUAAUGCUAAGAUUUGUGUUGCAUUGUUCUAAAACUAAUGAUUUACAAGAAAGGUGAAGUUAUAUGAUGCUUUUUUUCAAAACUUCUUUUUGAGUUGUUGUGGUUCGUAUUGUAUAGAUAUUUUUUUUUCAAUGUUUUUUUUUUCACUUUUUUUUACUUUUGUGAAAUUGUUCACUUUAAUUUAUCAAGAAAAAAACUCCUUAUAAGAAUACUUAGAUUUCAUUUGACAAAAUAAAGUUAUUAUUCUAUGCAUGCAAAUAGUGAAAAUGUUUUCAUGGUGAAAGGUCAGUUGCCUUUAAUUUCAUAUAAAUAAAAAUUUAACAACUUACAAACUUCUAAAUAAUCCUAAACUCGUAGAAACCACCAUAUUGCCUGCUACAUGUAUUUUGUUUGACCAGGACCAAAAAUAAAAAAAUGCAGAAAUAUUGCACGUACUUCCGGUCUAUAGAUAAAUUAAUCCCUUGCGAUGUAAAAGAAAUACAUUUACUUGAAUAUGACUGAAAGGACUUUUUACAUUUCAUUAAAGCAUGUAGUAUUUAUAAUUUUGUGUAUGCAAAAUUUGGCAAAAGUCAACGACUAUUUCACCCAUGCUGUAAGUUUGAUGUGUUUAGAUGUAAUUUGUCGUAAAGAUAAACCAAUAAAGCUCGUGUUGUAUG